AUGGCAGAAAUUGUUUUGCCUGCCCUUCUGGGAAUGGUUUUCGACAAGUUAACUUCUUCUGUGCUACAAGAUUUUGGGUGUGCGAGAGGACUCAAUAAACAAAUGGAAAAGCUAAGUAGCACGUUGUUGUUUAUCCAUGCCGUGCUUGAAGAUGCACAGAAGCUGCAAAUGCUUUACAGUGGAGAAUGGGAUUUCGGGAGAGUUUUAAGAGCCAGGUACGCAAUCUUCUCUCCUUCCAAUUCCUUGGCUACUCGGAUUAGAAUGGGUCGUAGGCUAAAAGCAAUCCGCGAAACAUUGGAAAUGAUUGCUCAAGAAAGAUCUAGUUUUCGUUUGUCUGACGGGGUAAUCACCCAGAUGAAAAGAAGACCGGAGACGGGUUCCUUCGUAAUUGAGUCUGAAAUUGUUGGUAGAACAGAUGAUAGAAAUGGAAUUGUUCAUCUUCUAAUUGGGACAAGUACUGAUGAAAGAGAUGUAUCAGUCAUUCCCAUUGUGGGUAUUGCAGGGGUGGGGAAGACAACCCUUGCUCAAUUGGUCUAUAAUGAUGAGAGGAUAGAGAGGAAUUUUGAUAUGAAGUUGUGGGUUUGUGUUUCAUUCGAAUUUGAUUUGAAAAAACUUAUGGAAGCCAUCAUCCAAUGUGCUACAAAGAGCAGAUGUGACCUUCUAGAGAUGGAUAUCCUUCAAUCUAGGUUGCAAGAAUCGUUGCGUGGGCGAAGAUUUCUACUCAUCAUGGAUGAUGUUUGGAAUGAAGAUCAUGAGGAGUGGGAGAAAUUAAUUACUUUAUUAAGAUGUGGUGAUGGAGGAAGCAAAUUCAUUGUAACUACCCGUAACCAAAAGCUUGCCCUAUUGACAGGCACAACUUCACCUUACCAUUUGGGGGGAUUGUCUGAUGAUAAUUGUUGGUCUUUGUUCAAGCAACGCGCUUUUGGUCGGGGAGAAGAAAAAAACUGUCCAAAGUUGCAGCCAAUAGGAAAAGAGCUGGUGAAAAAAUGUGGAGGGGUGCCAUUGGCAGCAAAGACAUUAGGAAGCCUCAUGCGGCUCAAAAGAGAUGAAAGGGAGUGGUUGUUUGCGCUGGAAAAUGAAAUCUGGAACUUGCUCCAAUGUGAUGAUGGAUUUCUACUCUCGAUAAAGUCGAGUUAUGAUCAUUUGCCACCACAAGUCAAGUCAUGCUUUACGUACGGCUCUGUUUUUCCUAGAAAUUAUGAAAUUAUCAAAGAGAAGCUAAUUCAUUGUUAG